GCUUCUAUGGUUUGACUGUUUGUAUACACGUGGUUUUAAAAUUGAAAAAUGAAAAUCAGAAGAUACAAGCGAGUUCAGCGGUAUAUGGGAUUUUAUACGAACAAUUUUGGUUUUCGAUCUCCUUAUCAAGUGUUAAUCGAUGGUACAUUUUGUCAAGCGGCUUUAAAAUAUAAAGUAAAUCUAAAAGAACAGAUGCCAAAGUAUUUGAAUAGUGAUGUAAAAUUGUUAACUACUGUGUGUGUUGUUAAUGAAACAGAAAAGUUAGGUCCAGCUAUUUAUGGUGCUAUGUUAGUGGUAAAACAAUUUCAAGUAAUAAAAUGUGGACAUGAGAAAAAUCCAAUAUCUGCCUCAGACUGUUUAUUCAGUGCAGUUAAAGAAAAUAAUCCUGAUCAUUACUUAAUAGCUACACAAGAUCCAGAGCUUAGUGAAAAGGUUAGAAUUAUUCCUGGUUGUCCACUUUUAUAUCUUAAAUUCAAUGCAAUUAAUUUGGAGAAGCCAUCAGAGAUAAGUGAAGAGGCUGCAGAUACUUCAAAAGAAUGUAAAUUGAAUCCUUCUGGUCAUCAUUUGGCUGUUUUGGAGAAAUUAAAACAAGAUCUUGCAUUAACUGAUCAGACAAAACGUAAACGCAAGCGUAAGAAGGGACCAAAUCCGUUAGCAUGUAAGAAGAAAAAGAAGAAAAUAAUUCAAGAUUCAGAUCAAAAUUUGACAAAAAGAAAAAGAAAGCGCCAUAAACGUUUGAAAAUUGCUAAACAUGUUAAAGUACAAUUAUUAAAUGCAAAAUAAAAUUCAGA